AUGCAUUACGAACCAUCAACUAAUGAUAAGAAAUUUAAUAUUGCUAUCUCUGAUGUUACAUGUCAAUAUUCACCAAUGUCUGAGUUGGCUGAAAUCAAUCGUACACGGAUAACUCUUCUUCGUUUAAUUUUUAUGCAAUUUUUUGCUGAUAGACUUGCAUACGGAUAUGAUCUUAAUGUCGAUUUGGCUCGUGGAUUGAGUGGAAGGCUUUUGACAAACGCUAAUACGCAAACUAGUGAUAGUUUGCCUUUUAGCGAGUAUCCUGAGGACUGUGCAGCCAUCUAUUUGAAUAAGGAUAGUUCACAUACUAAACCAUCUCAAAGUGGUGUCUAUGAAAUUUGGCCUAGACAAGGAAAACCGAUCAAAGUGUUGUGCGACAUGGAUAUUGAUGGUGGUGGAUGGACUGUGUUCCAAAAACGAGGUGACUGGAAACCUCAAGAAAGUUUUUAUAGAACAUGGCUCGAGUAUAAACGAGGUUUUGGCGACCUACAACGACAAUUUUGGUUAGGAAAUGAUCGUUUAUCAAUUUUGACAAAUCAAGAUUCAUAUCAGUUGCGAGUUGAUCUCGAGGAUUUCGAUGGACAAAAGAGAUUUGCCGAAUACAAUUCUAUUCGAAUAUCGAAUGAAGCUGACAAAUAUCGACUGAUACUCGGAUCUUAUGUUACGGGCGACGCGGGGGACUCAUUAAGUAAUCAUAAUAACAUGCAGUUUUCCACUAAGGAUCAAGAUAAUGAUCCUUCCACUGGAUCAUGUGCACAACUCUAUAAUGGGGCUUGGUGGUAUAAGGAGUGCCAUAGUUCUAACUUGAAUGGAGAAUAUUUGCGUGGAAAUCAUCCAACAAUAUAUGCUGCAGGCGUCAAUUGGUUAUCAUUUAGAGGUUACAACUACUCGUUAAAAAGUACAGAAAUGAAAAUUCGCCCUACUUGGUACAAGCCUUGA